AUUCCUCGACAGAUUCGUUACGGAUUUGGGGACUUAAAUUAACAACGGAUCCAGAUUAGGGUAGUUUAUUUUUUGCGGAUAUCCGCCCCGCUGCCAACUCUAGCCAAGAGGUCACACGGUUUCGCCGCUUUCUUCUUCUUUCCUUGUAUUGAAAGACCGAAUCUAACUCCACAAGCAGCCAUCUCCACAAAAAGCUCGUUGAAGACGACGAGCUCUCUUUCUGGCAGUUGCAAGGGCAGAUUAGUUCAUUUGCUUGAAAAUGCCUUUGGGACUAAUACAAGGACUAGCCAGGGCAAUGCGGAGAAAGCGAACUUCAUCUUUGGAUAUUCUCUCAUCAAAACGUGCUCCUCGCAAUUAUUACAAAGGGAAGAAUUGCAAGCCCACCGGUUUUCACACUCGGAAAGGUGGUUAUGUUAUUGUUCUGGAGAAAUUGCCCAACUAUGUAAUCCCUGAUUUGACCGACUUCAAGCUCAAGCCCUAUGUGUCUCAGUGUGCAACGGAAGUUAAAACAACUGAAGCUUUUGAAGCUGCUAAAUAAAGAAAUGGAGCAAGAAUAAGUGUUCAAUCUUUCUCGAUUGUUGAGCUGCCGCUGUGUUGCUCGUAACUGAAGUUGAGUGAUUGUCGAGCUGCCGCUGUGUUGCUCUUAACUGAAGUUGAGCGAUUCUGGCGUUGCCAUUUUGAAGCAAUGUGAUAUUUCAAUGGAAUUAGAGCUAGUUUGGUGAUGUCUGUUUUGCUGCUUGCUGAUAAAUUUCUUAAUACUGUUUCUGGAGAGUUGAAUAAAGUAGUUUGGACUAUUCAGUGGGGCUCAUCUCACUUGUUUUUUUUUUUUUUUUUUUUAA